UCCAAUUGUAAAAUUUCCCAAACAAAAAGAAAAUGGACAGAAUGCGAAACCUCAGCUUCUUCGAUUCAGACGAAGAACUUCCCGACUUCUUUAUUCCUGAGCGUGACAACAUCUUACGGUCAAGGAUGCCUGACCGAGAAGUAAUCGUCAACGAUAGUGACAGCUUCGAGAUGCUCAGAGCCAUUAAGAAAGAUUCUGGCAGGAAGAGAAAGACAGAAGAAGCCUUCAAAGUGGAUGACGAAGAGAUCAGCUCGGUCGGCGAGGGUCUUCCUGAAAGGAAUUUACUGACCUGAGUGAUUUGUUACUCCAGUAACCAUGAAGGACUGAUGAUAUGUAAGCACUGAUCUGAGUAUGCCUGCAAGGAGUGAUGGAAAAGUAUGCUAGAGAAGGAAAGCAAGUGCCCCUUCUGUAGAAAUAGGGUCUUUAAUAGAGAUCUGGUGAAAAAUAAGCUUGCAAAUGAACUGAGAGAGACUAUAUGUCAGAAUGAGAAAAAUUUAGGAUACGAUCCAAAGUGUCCUAGUCACUCAAAUGAAGGAAUUCUGUUCUGCCUUUCAUGUGAUAAUCUCAUUUGCACUGAAUGUAUCACUCAUGGUAUUCACACCGGACACAAACUAGUGAACUUGAAAGAUAAGCCUGAGAUUUCUAAGAAGAUGAGGGACUCUCAGAAGUUGAAAUAACAGCUUAGAGGAAUUCUCCAAGUUGAUGGAUGAUAUCAAUAUGCAGGUUGGCUCCUUCUUGGAUAUCGAUGAAGAUGAGUGUGAUAAACUCGCUCAGAUGCUUAAAUCUAUUAUUACUGAGAAGAUAGAUAGCUGUGUGGAAAACCAUAAGCAAGGCCUCAAGGCUUACAAGAACGCUUAUAAGACAUUCUUGGAAGAUAGAAAGCUGAUGAAGCUAAUUGUUCCUCUAGUGAUGAGGAAAGGAAAAUAUACAUCCCAUCCUAAUCAGCUAAGAGAAAAGGUUUAUGUAGCUGUUUCAGAAAAAGGAAAGAGUCGUCUUUUAGGACAAUUUUUGUUUGAAGACCCUCCAGUUUCUCUGGAAAAAGUGAAGCAGAAGUAUCAAUUAGAAAGCUACGAACCAUUGAACGAAUACCCAGCCUUUUCAAGCCUCUUAUGGGACCAACUGCUAAAAUCCACCAGAAAUCUCCCAAAGAUCUACAGCCCCUUAUUCCAAGACAAGCAUAAAGACUUGCUCCCUCGACCUGAGAGCCUUCUGCCCUCUCAUAACCCCCCUAAUAGAUGUAAUUCAAUCUAA